AUUUCGCGGGCAUACAGACAAAGUGAACGCGGUUGAUUUUUGUGACAACCUUUGUGCUAGUGGAGGUGCCGAUACUACAAUAAGAUGUUGGGAUGUGCUAUCUCAAAAACAAACUGCUAUUUUGACGCAUCAUAAGAGUGAAAUUUAUGCUUUGGCAUGGAUGAAAGACAAAAAAUUUAUAGUAUCAGGGGAUAAAUCUGGUGAUAUUUCUAUAUGGAAUCCAUCUAAAAACAAGUCCAACAAACUUUAUAUUAUUCAGUCUCCAAUAUAUAAUAUUGCUCCAUCACCUACAGUUGAGAAUUCACUAGCGAUUGGUUUUCAAAAUGGUGCUAUAAUUGUCGUGAAAGUUGAUUCCGAUUUGAAUGGAAGGAUAGCGCGUCGUUUAAAAGGACAUGAUUUUGAAAUUCAAAGCCUUUCAUGGGAAUUACCAAAUGGAGAUUGCCAAAAUGCAAAAUAUACAUUUCUUGCUUCUGGAUCACGAGAUAAAACUGUACGUAUUUGGAAUGUUGAAGAAGAGAAUUCAAUAAAGACAAUUAAUUUACCCCAGCCGAUGCACCAUCUCACUGAUCAACAAAAAUCCAGGUUAUGGGUUGCUACAACAUGGAUUCCGGAACGUAAUAGUGUGAUUACAAGCUCAUAUAUGGGCAAUUUACUUUUAUGGGAUUUAAAUGUUUCAACUACGAAAUAUCAAAAAUUUUUGAGUGGCCAUUCUCGAAGUGUUUUUUCGAUUAUAAUGUUCACAUGUGGUACGAAAGCUAUAACAAUCUCAAUGGAUCGAAAGAUCAUUCUUUGGGAUAUCACCCAAAAGAAGCCGAUUUUUACUGUUUCAUGUAUUCAUAAUUACGUUAAUGAUAUCGACCUUUCAGUAGUGGACCCACAUAGGCUUGCUAUUGCUAGUGGUGAUAACAACAUCCGUGUAUGGGAUAUUGCAAAUAAAAUUGAUCCAUUUAGCUGCACUUUGUAUUGGAAGGGCUUAAAAAAUAAAAUUACAAGAAUAAAAUGUCAUCCAAGUCGAGAAGGGUUCCUGGCAUUUGGAACUGACCUGGGUAAUAUUGGCUGGUAUGAAGUAUAUAACGACAAAUCCAAGACCUUCAAUUCUUAUCACAAGAACAAGGUCUAUUCUCUCCAUUGGUGUAAACCUGAAUGGUUAGGUAUAGGCUCAGCCAAUGAGGAUUCAGGCGAGAGUUUGAUUAUUAGCUGCGGUGGUGAUGGUCAAAUACUAUUAAGUGAUACUACGAAGCCAAAACAAUCUAUGAACGUUAAUGAAAUGAUAAAAGAAGCAAAUCCAGAGUGGACUGCAGUUAUGAAGGAUAAAUCUGGACAUCUACCAAAACGUAGCGAAGUAGCGGUUCAUCCAGCAGGUAGAUUUCUCGCUAUUGGUAAUGUCGAUGGUAGUAUCGAAGUUUAUAAUCUACCGUCUUUUAAGAUCGUUUAUCAUAAUAUCGGCCAUCGAUCCAUAAUUAAUAAACUUGAAUGGUGUCAUUUGGAUGACACAGGAAAUUCAUAUUCACUUGCAUCUGGCGGAGAUGAUAAUUUGAUUAUGGUUCAUGAUUUCUCUGAUUUAAAUAAAUUGAUUUCCACAAUUACUGUACCAACUUCUUCAUGCAAACAAGUUCUUGAAAUGCACCGAAAAGGAAUAACUGAUUUAUCUUGGAGUCCUCUCGAUGCUAAUAAAUUAGUCUCUUCAUCGUUUGAUGGCACAGCAAUUGUAUGGAAUCUACAAAGUGGUAUUCCAAUUUCUGUGUUUCGUGGCCAUUAUGGUCGGAUAUUAUGCACAACAUGGAGUUUGGAAGAUGAAGACAUGGUUUUUACGGGUGGAGACGAUGCUAUAUGUUUUUGUUGGAAAAGAAGAGAUAAUUAUAAUGAUUUAUUUUUAUUACGAAUAGAAAUAAUAGAUUUAAGUUUAGAAAUCAAAAGCAAUAUCACUCAGUCUGAUGAUGUAUUAGAAAUUGCUAUGUCCCAGCCAUUAGAAAAAACUAUUUCAAUGACACCUGAAAAAACAGAACAUACAGCAACAAAUAUUGCAAUAGAUGCACCGGAACCUAUACAAAAAGUUGAAGUUCGCACAUCCAAAAAGAAAAAGCUUAAAAACAUUUUACCUUUGGGUACGUCUCCAUCUCGACGAAAAAAUCUUCAAUAUAGCACUUUUGAUAUUGCAAGAAAACUGUAUGGUGGUGAUAUUACGAAGGCAAUGGAAUUUUGGACAGAUAAUGAACAUAAAACGCAAAAGUCUAUCGAUGAAAGCGAAAAUAUUGAUAUGCAAACACCGUCAUUUGUCGACUUAUUUUUUGGUGAAGGAAAUAAAUCACGGAAGCUAAUUGAACAAGAAAUCAAGUCGCAUAAUAGUUUAGGAAUUUCAAUGGGUUUAGGAGGUUUAGAAGUCGACCCUGCUUUACCUUUGCAAGUAUGGUCUAAUAAUUUUGCUGAGUUGAUUAAACGUUGUGAAGAUAAUGAAGAAUUUUCAAAUAAAGAUUGGAUACUUCUUGCUCUUAGUCCAUUAGCUGGCCGAGACGUAUGGCAAUCCUUGAUGCGUCUUCAGGCUGAGAAACUUGCAACUAAAAACGACCGCCAUGGUGCUGUUCUCUGUUGGUUGGCAUGUGGAGAAGUCUAUGAGGCAAUUGAAGUUUAUCGCAAAGCUGAAAUGUAUCGUGAAGCUAUUGCACUAGCAAAAGUUCGUCUGAUCGAUGAAGAUCCUAUUUUUUCGGAUUUAUACUGUUUAUGGGCUAUCCAACUAGAAAAAGAAGAGGCUUACGAACAGGCUGCAAUGUGCCAUUUAGCUGCGAAAAAAGAGAAUUCUAUUCAUCAUGCGUUAAACGUUUUGGCACGUCGUGGUGAUCCUUCAGCAUUACGUACUGCAGCUAGUUUAGCAUUAAUGCUUGGAGAUUCAUCUGCCGAAGAAAGAAUAUCGAGAUAUUUGGAAGAUCAAGAAAUAAGAAAUUCUAAAAAAACUAACCACGUAGAAUCAGAUGUGAAACAAAACGAAGAAUAG